AUGAACCGGCUUCUAGCGAUCAUCGCCAUCGUCAUUCCUCUUGUCCUAACCCAAACCCCAGUUCGUCAAUGUUCCAAUGGAGCCGACCUGCCAGCCUCGGUAGAUAUCAACGGUUGCAUUUUUUCACCCUGUUCGAUACAGAAUGGAGCACCGAUUCGAGCUGUAGCCGUCGGGAUCAUAAGCCCGAUCGAUACGGAGCGCCUGGAGGCUUACAUCACGGUUCGGUUAGCUGGCCUGCAGAUUCCGUUCCCGAUGCCGGAUGAUCUGAAGGAUGCUUGCUCCAGUGGAGUCUCUUCCGGAACCUGUCCCAUUACAGCUGGACAGUCCUUUGAUUAUACUCUGAACCACGCAGGCCAAGCCCUUGGACUAAGCGGAAUCACCGUUCAGGUAGAAGUUGGAUUGCGAGCCGAUGACGGGACGGUUGUUGCAUGCCUCGAGUUUGAUGCAAAAAUUGUAGCAUGA